AUGGGCCUGAAACUGCUGCUCUGCGCCGCGCUGCUCGCCAGCGGCUGCCUGGCCCAGGGCGACACGGACCAGGAGAUGAAAAUCUGGGGCAAGAAGCUGUUCGCCCAGCUGUCGAGCCGGGACGUCGAGGUGCUCAAGGCCAAGCUGAGCGAACCGGAUUUUGAGUUCGGGCCGCGGGCGGUGCACUUCCUACCGUGGCUGAGCAGCAAGGGGCUGCUGAACGAGAUCCCGCAGCCGCUCGCCGACGCCAUGUCGCUGGAGGAUACCAGCGUCCGAAACAAGAGGGUCGAGAUCCUGCUCACCGCUGCUCUGCAAGCGAUGCAGUGGGUCCAAUUCGAGCAGCACCAAUUUCAACCUGCCUUCAGGGAGCGGAUGUUCCCGGACGAGUUGCGCCAAACCUUGCGUCCCUAUAUUGAUCGCUCCCAGCCGGCCGAUCUGGUCGCCUCGACCGCCGACCAGCAGAUGGUCCACCAACAAUCCCUGCUCGGCCAGGAUGGCCUCUUCGACGUGACCAUGAACUUCCUGAAGCAGAAGAAGAUCCCGAUCGUGAUGCCGCCGGGCCUGCGUCAGACGGCGCGCAUCAGGGACAUUAAGCAGCGCAAGCAGGUCAUCGAGCGUCUCAUGGAGAUUGCCGUCACCAGCAUGCUUGGCUGCCCGUCUCAAAAAGUCGUCAAGAAACACUUCCCGAUGGACAGCGACAAGAUUCCGAUGUGUGAGGACGGCCUCCUCGGGCGGAACGGGCUGCCGGAGAGCCAAAGGGUCGUGCUCCAGCGUCUGAACGGGCUCACCGAGCAGCUGCUGCGCAGCGAGGAGCAGGGCGAACGAGGCGUCCAAACACCCGCUCGGAAGGUGGCCUCCACGCUGUUCGAGCUGACGCACGGACGACGCCCGUGGAUGAACCUUGGACCGCAGGACCGUCAGCGCUUCUUCAAGGAGGUCGCCCGGAAGGUCAUCUCCCAGGGCACGGCCCCCGAUCCGACCGACGCAUUGGUGGUCGAGACGCUGAAGCUGGCAUGCCAGCAGGAGCCUGUCCUCCCCUCCAUCCGCUUUGCCUGCAGCAAGCAGGACGAGCUGACCGCGUCGAUGGCGUCGCGUAGCGAUGACCUGCGGCUCAUCAACGGCGUCGGCGAGGAGCUGGCCAGCGCCGUUCAGGAGGGUCGGCUGAAGACGAAGGAUGACGCCAUCGCUCUCGGCCAGCAGCUCGUCCAGCAGUUCUCCCAGCAGGAGGCCGACCUUCGCGGC